CUGCCAACCACAAACUCUCGCGAGAUAAAGCGACGCUUAGAAGUGUCCCCCUGAUCAGAGAUAACCUCGCCUGUUAUAAACGACUCAGGAUCUGGUGUAAAGUUAAAUGUGACAGAAACUGUAUCCUGCAGCUUUAAACGGUCACACUGUUUCCUGGAUGUGAGAAGUUUCCUCAUCAGCUGGCACGCUCUCCAUUACACAACUGACCUACUUUACGUGCAGCACAGGAAAAACAAGGGUGUUUCACGGCGGAUAGAGGAGUUGAAAGAAACGCCCCUUCCUCCCACGCGAGCUUAAUACCUGCACAGGUAAAACACAGACACCUGGAGCAACGGUGUGCACGGUGCUGUCUGCCAGUGCCAAUGGCUGAAGCUGUAGAGGUCGGCUCGGUGUCCGCGGGGGCGCGGGCCAUGUUUUUCAUGCUCUCACCGAACGAGUCAUCUUUCCAGAAGGUGGAAGAGGUUCCUCAGUAUGUGCAGCAGGCCACUCCUUUCUUUGUAGGGCUGAUGGUGCUGGAGCUGGUGGUGGGCCUGCUGAAGACAGGAGCCCCAGUGGUCACCAUCAGCGAUGGACUCACCUCCGUAUCUUGUGGAAUGAUCUCCAGACUCCCAAUGCUGUUUAUGAGAGGCUGUGAGUUGACUGCUUACAUGUACGUGUGGGACCGGUAUCGCCUGAUGGAGCUGCCGUGGGACUCCGCCUGGACCUGGUGGCUCACCUUUCUGGGCGUGGACUUCUGCUACUAUUGGGUCCACCGCUUUGCUCACGAGGUGUCCUUCCUUUGGGCCGCUCACCAGGUUCACCACAGUUCAGAGUACUACAACCUCACCACGGCCCUCAGACAGUCCCUCACACAGCAGUUCACAUCAUGGAUCUUCUACCUGCCGUUGGCUCUGGUCGCACCACCCACAGUCUUUGCUGUUCACAUUCAGUUAAACCUUCUCUACCAGUUCUGGAUCCACACUGAGCUGAUCAGAGAUCUUGGACCUCUAGAGUGGGUCUUCAACACCCCGAAACAUCACAGAGUUCAUCAUGGGAGGAACCUUUACUGUAUCGACACGAAUUACGGAGGAAUUCUGAUCAUAUGGGACCGAUUAUUUGGUACUUUUGCUCCAGAGUCAGACAAAGUGGUGUUCGGCCUGGUGUUCCCGAUCAACACCUUUGAAAUCCUCUAUGUUCAGUUACACUACUAUUUGUAUUUGUGGAGAAGGUCCAGCACUUACAAGACUAUUGGCAACAAAUUAUCAACAUUCUUCAAAGGCCCGAGUUGGAAACCUGGUAAAUCUCGGCUCGGUGACCAUGAAGACAAUCCAAAGGUUACCGGACAGGAAGUGCCUCAUGAUCCCAGCUGGACGCUGCCUUUACAAGUUUAUGUGGUCAUACAUUUCCUGCUGGUUCUGGGGAUUUACCAUGAUCUGUUUGAAAACAAGAUGACGCUGUCCCAGUUAACCAUGCUGGGGAUGACCGGCUAUGUUCUGCUCACUCUCACGUCUCUGGGCUACAUCAUCGAUCAGAGGCCAACAGCUGCUGUCUUGGAGAUGCUACGCUGUGUCGUCAUGGUGACAGUGCAGAGGUAUGGCUACAUGAAGCCCCUGCUGCCCUCGCUGGCCGUGCCCACAGAGGCCUUUGUCUCCCUCUCUCUGCUGUACUGGGCUCUGCAGAGCUUCACUCAGCUGCUCACCAUCAAGAGGAAGGCCGACUGAGUCGACACAAGAAGAACCCGACUGAAUUUUAGCCUUUGAAGUCAUAAUUGUUGACAUAAUUCCUUAGUAGCAUAUUUUAAUCACCUUUAACACUUUGUACAGUUUCAUCUGUGUGUGGAGAAACAGUUGUUGUUCCAGCUUCUGCUUCAUUCACCUUUUAUCUGCAGCUGGUUGAAGUCUGUUUAUGACUUUUCAUCAUUCAGCCAUAAGACAAGGCAAGGUGCUCAACUGGUGCUUUUUAUCAAAUGGUGCAUUUCUCUCUUUAUAAGCAUCUUCUGUGCUUAUGUCCACACCAGUGGUUCUCAGACUUUGUCUGUCAUGUCCCCCCCCCUCACAAGCUGAAUUGUCAAUUAAUCAUGAACAAUAACUGGGGAAGCAGCUUAUAAGAAGGAUCCAUGUUGAAUUAUAGUGAAAUAAAAGUUGGCAUAAUAACAUCAGCAUGUUUAUUUCCCCACAUAAAUCAUAUUCAUCCAACUUUGUUUCACUCCAUAUUUCCCCCUGAUCAUCAGCCCCACCUGCACAGGCUCUGUGACCCCCCCAACAGUUUGAGAACCACUGGUCAGUGCUGUUAUAACAGGGGUGCUGCACUGCUAAUCAAAGUACUAAUGAAUUAACAUUUUUAUAUAUCACCUGAACCACUGUGGAAAUGACUUUAUUUUAUGCCUCUACAGUACUAUGCAACAUAUACCUCUUAUCAGUGUUGGGGGAGCAAAGCUUUGAAAGCUGCCAAUUACUUCACACUGGAAAAACUACAGCAAAGCUACCGCAGGGAGAAAUGGAGUUUGGUGUACUGAAGCUGCUUAGAAAAAAAUAGGACUGAAGGUUGGAUCCUUGCCAUGCUAAUCAGUGCCUUAAUCAGUAUUCAAAUGCUCUUGUUUUUUUUUUUUGUUUUUUUUUACACCAUAAUGCUGAAAAUCCCAAACAGCCCAUAAAUUAAGAAGUAGUAAUCCAACAUAACGGCUUAUGCAUCAAAAUAAACUAUUAGUUAUUCUUAGACAAGGACAUUUAAACUUAGUGAGAGACCUAGUUUGGUGACUCUGACAGUUUGACCACCAGUGACAGACUUACAGAUUCAGUAGCAAGAUGUUGACAAAGUCAAAAUAGUUUUAAACUUUACAAAGAUGACCCCCAAAAAGUCGAGUGCCAGAUAUGUUAAAGGAAAAUGGCGCAUCAUUAAUCUACCACCAGCUUGGCAAAUCCCCUGAAAGCUAUCAGUAACAGUUUCUUUUUCAAGUUAUUAA